AUCGCUGUCAAUUGUUACUUCGGUUUUCGGCUGUCGCAGAAAUGAUAUCAUCAAUAUCAAAUUGUUAAAGCGACCAAAUAAUACCCUAAUUAUAAUAUUUUUAAUAUGAAAUUAUGGCCGACCGCCUCCGCCAGAUCGCACAAAAGUUUAAAGACAAACUUAACUUCCCACAGAUCAAAGUAAGCGGCCGGGAAAAAGUUGAUCAGUUGAUAACCAAGUACGUACCAGCUACUCGAGUUACAGAAAUUGCCGAAAAGUUCAAACAUGAAAAUAUAACUAGUAGGGUCAAAGAAAUGGUGUCUAGGUAUGAGAAAUUUACGGGUAUUGAAGAAAUUAUGGCUAUACAGAACACGGUUAUUGACGCACAGGAGCGUUUCAUGACAGCACAAGACAGGAGGCGAGAGAUGGGCAAAGAACUAGCGACUAUUGAGGCAAGGCUUAAAGAGUUGCAUGCGGAAAUGCAGAACACCAUGAAAGGGGAUGAGAAAUACCUACAUCUAUGUACUGAGGAACAUAAGCUUAUCAUUCAAGAGCGGGCAUUGCGCACACUCUUCUCUGACGCCGAAAGAGAAGAAAGAGAGCUAUUUGCUACCAUGUCUGCUGCUGUAAAACUUGGCCAUGAAAGAGAAAGGGCACAUGCAGAACGGAAUAAAUACUGGUACAUUGUCGCUUCGAUAUUUGGUACACUAUUAGGUAUUGGCGGCUCUACAAUAAACAACCAUCUCAAAAUGGCAGAAUUCAGGGAAUUAAUGGAGCAGCAAAUGGCUCGUAGUGCAAGUGUUUUGUACACUAUAGCAGGCGGUGGAACGGCCAGCCGGGCUGACAUUGCCGAUGCUAUGAAGACGGAAUUCGCUUAUCAGGAGCAACUCGCCAACAACUUAAGUAUAAUGCAGAAUAAUAUAAAUGCUUUGAUCAAUAAACAAUCGUCUUUAAUUGAUCACCUAAACCACCGUGAGCAUGUUAUAGAAAAUCAAAUUCGCGAUUUGAAGCGAUUAAUAGCUGUAUCAUCCCAAAAUAGCGCAAAAUCCGACGCACAAUUAGCAAAAGCGCUGUCCGAAGUGUACCACGAACUAGAGGAAGCAGAUAGCGAACGUGACAAAAUUCAAAUAGUCCAACCCAGUGGCGCUUUGGACGCAAACCAAAUUUUAACAGGUCUCGGAAUCCUUAUGUGUGCAGCUGUUAUUUUCGGAAACAUCUUCGGACGCAUCAGUUGAUUAAUUAUAUCCAAGACGUACGAAUGUAUAAACGUUAAUGUUUGUAACUUUAUAUUGAUAAUAAUUAUAAGAAUAAGAAAAAGUUAUAUAAAAGCGUAAAGGAAAAUUAUUACCUUAUUCGAAUAUACAAAACAUAGUGUGAAAAGGAUUUCUCCGUCAUAUUUAUUUAACAAGGAAUCCUGUUUAAAUUUUAGGCAAGUUUUACGUUCUGACUUUUCUAGAAUUUUACAGUAUCUGUUUAAUAGUGUUAGUUCUAUUAUUAUCAGUGCUCUGAAUUUUUUAUCAUUGCUGCCCUCCUCUUUAAGAAAAUCUAGUCAAAUUACUGAUGAACUAAAAAAAGCAUGCCGGGUUCCAUUAGCUUUCCUAAAAAAAAUUUUGUAUUGCUCUUGUCUCGAAGCCACUUCUGCAAGAUUAAUAUUAUUGGCAACAUAAAAUAGAUUGUCAAUAUUUUUGAUCAAAACUUCAAUAUGCCCCGCACAGAGGCAAUAUAAUUGAUAAUAUGUAGAAUAUUGUCAAUUCUGUUCUGCAGAAAUAUCUUAACUAAAUGAAAUAAUAACAAGUCUGAAAUAAUGCUAUCCCCUUAACCUAAAAGGAAAGGACCUGAAAGGAAAGGUCAGUUUAAUUUAGUUGUGACUUCUGUGUAAGUACAUCAGAAUUUACUCUAUGUACUAUUACUACUAUGUACUGAGAAGAAUUUAAAUUUUGUAUUUUUUUUAAUUUUCUGUAUUUUUCAUACCAAUAAUUUUACCGUCACAACUUGAGUUUGGUACUUAAAAGGGUUAAAAGAUCUUCUGGGGUUGUUUUUAAGCGCUAUAUUCAAAUGCUGCUGGUCGGUCUGUUUUGGUAAAAUGUAUUUUUGUUAAAUACGUGUUGUUUUGCAUUAAAUUAUAUUUAACAUUU